AUGAAGCUGUUCAGAGAACUGUCCUUCAGACUACCCUUGCACCUCUGUGACUUUGCCAUAGGGUGGCACGGCAGCAUUCACCCUGAACUACCGAUGUUCACAACCGCCGGUGACAAUGAAUGGCUAUUCCGACCAAAGGCCUCAAGAUUCAAUAAUGCAACCUCUACUGAAAAGAUGAGCGUGUUCGCGUCAAAAGUUGGCUGGGCGGAAGGACAUACAAAGAGCGUACCAGUAUCGCGAAUCACGAAGAACCUCGUGGCCGGACAAUCGACAACGGUCAUCAUAACAGGGGUCUCGCCGGCAAAUCAGGCACGAGAUCUAUUUCCUCAACUAUCAACGACAGUUGUUUCUUCAACAAAGGAUCCAAGAAACGACCUCGGCACUGAGUCCCUCAGUGACAGCAGCCACGUCCAAGCUGCUACGAACAUAUCCAAGAUGUCCGGCACCCAUGUGUCCAAUCUCCACAACCUCCCGCCACCCACCAUCCAUGGACCAUCACGGCAACCCCUGCCUCACAUCCUAGCCCUUCUCAUAUCUCUCCUGUACUUGUACGCAAAGUCCCCACCCAUGGCGCGGUGCAUCGUGCAGGUAUUAUCCCAGACGACCAUAUCCCCGGCAUCCUCCCAUUCUACCACGACGCGGUACUUUUCCUGCGUAGCGUGGUCAAAGAGCUUCUCGAACAAGGCCUUUGAGGCCUCCGGAGUGAGGUUCUCGAUGUGGUGGAUGUGCAUGGCGAGAUAA